AUGCCAAGUCUCUCCAACUCUCCCCUCGACCUCUUCAUCUCCCGAGCGGAGUACUACGCCAUCCUCGGCCGCGACAAGCUCGAUUCGUUCGUCAGGGAGCACUACAUCUUUGUUGCUGUCCAGCUCGUCGUCCUCUCGUCCUUCUUCUUCUGGUCCCUCCAGCAAGCAUAUCCAAUCGAAGCCCCGCACCGCACCGCCGACAUGGACGUCCAAGCCAAAGCCGCCGACCUCGCCGUCAAAGCCGCCGAUGCGACCGUCUCCGCUCCUGCAGGCGACCAGAAGGAGCUUGACCCGCCCAAGGACACGCCUUUCUCAACGGAGGAGCUGGCAAAGUAUGACGGGAAGGACGAGAACACGCCUAUCUACGUUGCGAUCAAGGGGCGGAUCUACGAUGUCUCGGCCAAGCGGGACAUGUACGGGCCUGGCUGCGGCUACCAUGUUUUUGUCGGCAAGGAUGCGUCUCGCGCGCUCGGCAAGUCGUCGCUCAAGCCAGAGGAUGCGGUGGCGGACUGGUCGGUGCUGAACGAUGACGAGAAGAAGGUUCUUGACGAUUGGGAAAAGUACUUCCAGAAGCGCUACAACAUCGUCGGGCGCGUCUCGCAGUAG